UCGAUUGUCGCCGCCGCAAUGGCGCCCCUUCACCUGAUUGCCUACUCCACGUUACUUGGAAUCGAGCUAUAUCAAAGCUUUGUCAUGACCAAGCUUGCCUUCCAAGCCCUCCCGCGAUCCGCUUUCACGAGACUGCAGAACUGUGUCUUUCCAGUUUACUUCCGAGGUCAGAGCUUGCUAAUUGGCCUGGUUGCGAUCACACUGCCGCCUUCUGGGCCCAUGACCUUGCUCAGCAGCAAGAACUACUCGAUCAUAUUUGCGGCAACGGGAGGAACUGCACUCCUGAAUCUGCUAGUACUGUAUACGGUCCAAAACCACAGAAGCUUAUGAUCGAGAGAGUCCACCAAUCAACUCGCGAUGCGAAAGUGUCCGAAGGUGCAGAUGAAAUUAGUGUAGAGAUGCAGAUUCUCAACCAAUCCUUCUCCAAAGCGCACGCGAUGAACAUCCACUUAAACCUGAUCACUAUCAUUGCAACCCUAUUCUAUGGCUGGCAAUUGUCAUUGAGACUAACUUUUGGGACUGAGUGACGAGGCAUGAUG